AUGGACACUCUUCGGGCAGAAACCCAAUUCGUCUAUCAUGGAUUCCAGGCAAAAUCCACUGGUACCGAAACACAUGUUGAUUCGGGAAACGCUCAAGAUGACAAGGUUGAAGCUGAUCGAAUCAAGUCUUUGAUCAGGACCUUUCUUGAGGAUAUCGGCUUUGAUCGCAGCAUUCGCAUCAACAAAGACCAUGAGAUGAAAGUCGCUGUUUGGCAGCACUUCAAAAGUCUGGACCUCGGAGAGAAGAUUGAGAAAUCUAUCCAAAAAACUCUCGACCCUUCUGUGGAUACUGCAUAUCACGGGUACAGGAGUCUUCCCUUCCAGGUGAGGGUGCUCGCUGCCAUCCAAUUCAUGUAUAUGUUUCUACUGGAUGACGUGGCGGUGGAAUUUCUAGAGGAUCUUGAAGCAUUUGGUCAAAAGUUUAUCCUGAAUCAACCCCAUCGACAUCCUCUCUUCACUGGGUUGGACUCUCACCUUCGCAACCUAUCUCAUUAUUACGGUCCAUAUUGUCACUCGGUGAUAACUAAAAGCAUGCUUGAUUAUACCAAUGGCACAGUCGUCGAGUUCAAGAUGUACAAGGCCAGCCAGUCCAAUUUCAAGCCUUCAUCGGAUUCACGCCUUAUGCCGAUGUACUUGCGAACUAAGAUCGGGGGCGCAGAGAUUUUGCUCCAUUUGCUCUUUCCCAAUUCCGUCUUUCCUGAGGAGGAAUACGUGAUGCAAUAUUUCCCCGUCGCCCUAGAACUGGUGCUUGCCAUUGAUUUCACCAAUGAUAUCCUGUCUUAUUACAAGGAAUUCUGUGUCGGUGAUGAACAGGGCCUUUUCAUCGCGAAUUUGGCCGACACGCAUCAUGUCCAGCAUUUGGAUAUCUUGCAGUAUCUGACGAACUAUACGCCUGGUGUCCUAAAGUCCGCUUAUAAACAGCUUCGUAAUAGUCCAUUGCUCCUCGCUGUAGUGAAGGAUUUCAUCCAGGGAAUGACUAUGCUCUUCACGGCGCAUCGUCGAUACCAUCUCGUGGAGUUAUUUGAGGAUGAGCAGUAUCUGCUACCUUAUGAUGCAGAUGCUUAG